AGAGAGCGAGCGCACGGCAGUGCCAACCAUGGUCAGCGCUUUGAGAGAACACUGUGGAAUCAACCGGGAGGGACAACAUCAAAACAUGGAAUGCGACCCAGCGACAUUGUAUCUUUCCUGUCUGCCUGAAGUUAUUUUUCUCCUCGACCACUGAAGAAGAGGAGGAGGGUUGUCAAUUACGAAUUGGAUUCCAGAGCACCCUCUCUCAUCCUCUCUUCCUCUAUCUCUCUCUCUCUCUCUCUCUCUCUCUCCUCUCUUCCUCUAUCUCUCUCUCUCUCUCUCUCUCUCUCUCUCUCAUCCUCUCUUCCUCUAUCUCUCUCUCGUUCUAUCUGUCUUUCUUCGGGUCUCCCUAUCUUCGCAUUGAAAAGUCACAGAGUGGAAAGGAUAUUUUGGUUUAUUGGAAUUAUAGUUGUUCUGAAAAUAAAUUUCUGGGAACAUCGUAUUGGAUGAGAACCUGUGAGCAUCAUGAGUACCAGUGCCUAUCAUCAGGCCUCUUUGGGCAGUGAGCGGAGCACUGGACCAAUCCGGUGCCAGCGUUGUCUGGAGGCGUGUAAGGGAGAGGUGGUGCGCGUUCAGGACACUCACUUCCAUGUCAAGUGUUUCACCUGCACAGUGUGUGGGUGUGACCUGGCUAGAUCUGGGUUCUAUCAGAAGAGUGGUGAGUACAUCUGUACGUCAGACUACCAGCGUCUGUAUGGGACACGCUGUGACCGCUGUGACGGAUUCAUCACUGGGGAGGUGGUUUCUGCUCUGGGGAGGACCUACCACCCUACCUGCUUCGUCUGCAGUUUCUGCAGGAAGCCGUUCCCUAUCGGAGACAGAGUGAUGUUCAGUGGGAAGGAUUGUGUGUGUCAGCAGUGUUCUCACACACUUGUCACCUCCAACGAACCAAUCAAGAUCCAUGGACCCAGCCGUAAGUCCCACCCUCUAGAGUUCUUCACGGGUCAGAAAUAUGAUAUAAAACAGGGACAGUCUCUGCUGGCACUGGAGAAACAGUGGCAUGUCAGCUGCUUCAAGUGUCAAACCUGCAACAUGGUCCUCACUGGGGAAUACAUCAGCAAGGACAAUGUGCCGUAUUGUGAGUCUGAUUACCACGCCCAGUUUGGGAUUAAGUGUGAGACGUGCAGCAGAUACAUCAGUGGACGGGUACUGGAGGCAGGGGGGAAACACUACCACCCUACCUGUGCCCGCUGUGCCCGCUGUCACAGGAUGUUCACAGAGGGAGAAGAAAUGUACCUGCAUGGUGGUGAGGUGUGGCACCCUUUGUGUAAGCAAGCAUCCAGAGCAGAGAGGAGAAUCAGGAGACGUCUGUCAGAGACCUCCAUCUCUCCACCGGGCUCGUCAAUUGGCUCUCCCAGUCGUGUCAUCUGUGCCAGGGUGGAGAAUGUGAUGCCAGACUAUAAGGACUUUGCCGCACUGCCUAAGGUCAAGGGCAUAUAUGAGGUCCAGCCACCUGACCUCAUAUCAUCCUACCAGCAACACAGAUACUCCUCAGAUGACAUAGAGACCUUCAGCUAUGGAGAGUCACCUGGGACUCUCUAUUCUCAGAAGCUGUAUGACAGUGUAGACUUGAGACAGAGACAGUGUUCCAGCCCCGGCUACAUGGACUCUCCCUGCUUCAGCCGUCAAGCCAUGUCUCCCAUCACGCCUUGCUCACCGCAGCACUAUGGACACCCCGGCUCUGAGAGUGGCAGGAGCUCGCCCUAUUACGGCUCGCUGGAGGGACGGCCUAGUUCUUCUACCACAUACCACGCCCCCAAGCAUUUCCAUGUACCAGCCUCAGGCGAACCCAACAUCUACCACAAACCUCCCAUCUAUAAGAGAACGGCCACCAAAAGCAGGACCAGCGAAGAUCUAAUCACAUCCUCCAGACUGUCUACCUACUCUCCAGAACACUACACACAGUCAGAGUCUGACUCCUACCCCUAUCCCAGAUCCCCUAAAGUUCUCUGUACUCCUAGAAGAAGGUACUCUACAGGAGGAGAUGAAGAGAGCUGGAGUCACAGCAGUCUUCAAAGAAUUCAGAGUGGUAUAGGGAGGAUGAUCCUAAAGGAGGAGAUGAAAGCUAGAUCUGGUUGCUAUGACAACGACCCUUGGGGUAGCACUCGUAACUCCCGCAGCGGCAGCAAGGAGACUCUCACCACUGCCAGCUACAACAGCACCGGCUACAACAGUACUGUUAAUGGCUCUCCUCGAUCCAAUUACAGCCUAGACAAUGAUUCGUACAAAUCAGCCUCUCUACCAGGAUACAGGCGGAACAGUGUCAACAGGCCCCAGAGUGCAGCCGCAGACUACUACCAACAGUAUGACAGCAGCAGUGAAGUCAACUGGGGAACCAGAGAAUACAAGGUUUACCCGUAUGAAGUGCUGAUCGUGACCACCAGGGGGCGACACAGAGUGCCUAAAGAUGUGGACAGAGCCAGACUAGAGCGCCAUCUGAGUCCCGAGGAGUUCCGCCAGGUGUUUGGGAUGACCGUGGCAGAGUUUGACCGGCUGGCUCUCUGGAAGAGGAAUGAAAUGAAGAAACAGGCCCGACUCUUCUAACCAUGGAGAGAGAGAGACAAUUAGAGGAAAUUGAGAAAGAGAAACUGUUCUAAUUAAAGAAAGAUAGACUGUUAAUGACAAUAGAGAUAGAUAGAGAGAGAGAGACUGUUAAUGACAAUAGAGAUAGAUAGAGAGAGACAGACUGUUAAUGACAACUGAGAUAGAGAGAGACAGACUGUUAAUGACAACUGAGAUAGAUAG